UGCUGAUGAUGAAUAUCGAUGUCAUUAUGGUGGUCAAUGUAUUCCAAUGAUAUUUGCACGGGACGGAUAUUCAACUACUGACUGUCUCGAUGGUAGUGACGAAGUAGAACUUAGAUCUUCAUCUCUGUCUCUGGCAAGUAUUGCCUGUGGUCAAGUAAUUACAUUUCAAUGUGAAGAGCGUAUUAAUUGA